AUGGCGAGUGACGAUGAAGAAACCGAAGAGGUGCGGUUGGUCCCGUGGCUGCAAAGGUUAGUUGAUACGGUUCUUGACUACGAUGGAUUUCGUUAUACGAAAGCAAGGAUCUGGGACAUUAGGACCAGUGAACUCCAGGUGAGGUACCUCGACGGUCCAUCGAAGAACGGUGACAGGUUCGGCAUUGCAUUGCCUUAUGCAAAUCAUUUUUUGUGCGCUCGUAUUGCCUUCGUGUGGAUCGAUGAAAAUAUACGUCCGGAGUUUUAUUUUGAUGAAGAAGACUUCGAUCCUCCACUUGAAACCCUUCCAGAGUUUCUCAACUGGAACCCUAACGACAACACGUCUCUUUUACGAUUGCUUUUGGCUGUGCGGCUCUGCUACAAGAACUAUCACGUGACACUCUGCCGCAGCAUCGACUUGUUUCGGUUUCACAUGGACUCACUGGAUAAACUUAUGAAAGACACGAAAUUUGUCACACCUGAAGACACCGAUGUGUUUUUCUAUCGGAGAGGUGCUUCCUCCGGUGAUGCUCACUUUACGAUGUUUAUUCAGCUUCCGAAUACGGCCGAAAUUCCUAAGCCGAUGGUGCCAAAGGUUUUGUUCACAUGUCCCAACGUCUAA